CAGUUAGCGCAAUGAUUGCCACGAUUAGUUUGGCCGCAAUGUCAACAAGAGGUAGAGGUAGCUUUAUCAAGCUGACGCUACUGGCGCUGCUUGUGAUGUUUGCGCUGUUGCUGCUGCUGUCGGCACUGCACAGUGCGGAUCGGGAGCUGCGGGCCGAGCAACUGUUUGUGGAGCAAGUGCAGCACGUUAGGACGUCGGCUGGCGUAGUGAAGGGGACACCGCCACCGGUGCAGACUCUGGAGGAGCCAGUUGAUGAGGAGCUGGUGCAACAGCUGGAGCACGAACUGCCCGAGGUGGACUAUGGCUUCUGGUAUCGCUAUGCGAAGCCAAAUAAAUAUCGCCAGAACAAAACAUGCGCCCUGUAUCCGGAUCCGCUGGAUCUGCAGCUGCACAACAUUUACUGGCAGACUUUCAUCAAUGCAAACGUGACGUUCCGUCUGUAUGCUGCCUACCUGGACCUGCGUCCCGGCGUCAAGUUGCCAAAGGGCGUGGUGCGCGUUCUGGCGACGGCCAAUCAAAUCAACAAUGAGUUCCCGCCGACGCAUUGCCAGCUGUGGUAUGCGGACCACAAUGAGCCCAUUAUGACGCGGGUCAGCGAAUACUUGAGCAUAUGGAUCAGCAACUGGGGCCAUACGCCACUGCUCAACUAUCCUCAUCUGUUAAGCUGCCCGGUGCCCGAUUUGCCGCCCAAUCUGCAAUACGCCACGCCGCGUACCGUCUCUCUGGUCACCGAAAGUUGUGAGCGCGCCAGCAAUUCGCUUCGUGUCCACUACGAUAUCCCUGCAGCCUUAAAUGACACGGUGAAGCCCAGCUUCGGAUCCAGCCUGAAUUCCACAUCCCGCAGCAAUGCAACGGCCAAGCUCAGCUUUGGCGUAUGCGUGAAGGGCUUUGAUUUUCCAUACAUAGAUCUGUCGGAGCGUUUGAUCGAAUGGUUCGAGCUGCAGCGCCUGAUGGGCGCCUCACGCAUUUACGCUUACAUGUACGACGUGCAUCCGGCGGUGCAACGGGUCCUGGACUACUAUCAGCGCAUUGGCUACCUGGAGCUGCGUCCGCUUACGCUGGCCAACGGCAUGCCACGGCUGCGACACUAUCAGCACCUGCUGUUGCAGCAGCGGCGUCUGGUCAAGCGGCUGAACGAGCUGAUACCCUACAAUGAUUGCUUCUAUAGGAAUAUGUAUCGGUACGACUAUAUGGUUAAUGUGGAUGUCGAUGAGGUGAUUAUGCCGCUGGGCACGCUGCGCAGCUGGCAGGAUGUGCUGGACACGGACCAGGAAACAACAAUUGCUAAAUGUCCCAAUGGCCAUGUCUCUAUGUGUUUCAUCAACACCUACUUCACCAAGGUGGUGCCCGAGGCACAGAAUCACGAGCAGCUGGAGGCCGACCAGCUCUAUGUGCUGCAGCACACAAUGCGUCAUCGCAACUACUCUCUGCCCAAUCGGGCGACCAAGUGCUUCCACAACACGCGCUACUCGCUGACGCUGCACAAUCAUUUUACGCUCAAGUGGCUGCCGGGUAGCUGCAAUCCGCGAUCCGUCAGUACGAAGCUUGCCCACAUGCAGCACUAUCGCGAGCCGGAUGCAAAUUAUGAAUUGACCGAGCUGGUUGAAGAUCGCAGCGCUUGGAAAUAUGCCAGCGAGUUGCGUGCGGCAGUCGAGUACGUCUGGAUGCAUCUGGACGAUGUGCUCGAGCAGAGUGUGGAUACGGAGGAGCAGAAUGCAUUAGAGGAUCUGGAGGAGCAAGAAACAGAUCUAGAGCAGGCGCAAGAGCAGCAGCAAAUGCUACAGCAGGCGCGGUCUGCAAAAAUCACGAAAUAGUUAUUGCUUCUUAAGUACAUUUUUUUUUUUAACCAUAGUUAAAUAGUUUAGAAAUCCAGGGCCUGGGCUUUCACUUGUAUAUAUAGUUAUUCGUAUUUAUAACUUAUGCACAUAAAUAAUAUUAAUGAUUAUAAGAAUUAUUUAUCUAGAGUAUACUUAGAAUAGACCGAAUAAACUAUCUGGUU